UCCCCCAUAGAAAAACCCCAAGUGACAGUAUCGUCUUCAUAGCUAAAACCCUAAAAACCCUAAUUGCGGCAGAAGCUUCAGAGAAAAUUCACAGGACACAACAAUGGAGAACAAUCAAUUGUUAAAAAUUUCAGAAAUAGAAGGAAGAGGAAGAGGAAUUGUUGCUACUCAAACCCUAAAACCUGGACAAAUCAUCCUCAAAGACUCUCCUCUCCUUCUUUACUCUGCUUCUGUGAAGAACAGCACUUAUUGCUCAAAUUGCUUCAGGGUAAUCCUCCAAUCUCCAAUUCCUUGCUCAUGGUGCACUUCUUCAUUCUUCUGUACCUCUAAUUGUCAGUCUAUAGCUUUAUCCUCUUCUCAUACUCCUUGGGUUUGCCAAUCCUUAACUCACUUAAGAAACACCUUUUCUUCUCAUAAUAAUUUGAAUGUAGAUCAACAAAUUCAAGCUUUUUUUCUUAUCUCAGCUUAUAAUUUAGCAGUGAUUUCUCCUUCUUCGUUUCGUGUGCUGUUAUCUCUUCAAGGGGAUUCGUCAUUUGUGUCGGAAAGUGAUGUUCUUUUGCUUCAUUCUCUUGUUGCUACGUGCCCGUCGUUGAAUCUUGGUGAAUUUGGGUUCUCUAAGGAGCUUACUGCGGCUCUUUUGGCUAAGGAUAAGGUGAAUGCAUUUGGGUUGAUGGAACCUUUUGAGGCUGAUAGAGAAAGGGGUGUUAGGGCUUAUGGGAUUUAUCCGAUGGCGUCGUUUUUCAAUCAUGAUUGUCUUCCGAAUGCGUGUAGGUUUGAGUAUGUUGAUACGGAUGUUAAUAGCAGGAGUAAUACUGACAUGGUUGUUAGGGUGAUUCAUGAUGUUCCUGAGGGGAGGGAGAUUUGUUUGAGUUAUUUCCCUGUGAAUUUUAAGUAUUCGGAAAGGCAGCAAAGGUUGAAGGAGGAUUAUGGUUUUACUUGCAAUUGUGAUCGGUGUGUGGUUGAGGCUAAUUGGUCUGAUGGUGAGGAUGAUGCUAUGGAUAAGGAGGGUGAGGAAAAUGAAGACGAAGCGGAAGAGGAUGAAGAGAUGGAGGAAGACGUGGAUGAUGAAGUAAAUGUAAAUGGCGAGGUGGAGGAGAGGGAUCAAGAUUUUCCUCACGCGUAUUUCUUCCUUAGAUACAUGUGUAAUCGAGAGAAUUGCUGGGGUACAUUGGCUCCGUUGCCUCCUGAUGCAUCUCUAUCCUCAGUUAUGGAAUGCAAUGUUUGUGGUAAUUUGAGCAAAUCUGAUGAGCUAUAAGGUUUGCGCUGGGGACUAUUGAAUUUUAGUGAAUGGAAAGAUUUGCAAAGACCCGAAGCUUGCAAAAGCGGAUGAUUUCUUUGCUUCAGGUCUUAAUGUUAGGGGAAAUGCA